AUGAAAGAAGUAAUUGAAAUUGACGAUGACACUUCCAUGCAAGACGCCCAUUUUCAAUUGGUAGAGAACAAACCAAGAAGAAUCAUCUUUUGCAUUGACACUUCUGCUGAAAUGGCUGAAGAGUUGAAAGCUUCUGCAAACACGGGUAUAUCUAAUACAAACUUAUAUCAUAGUAGCUCACGUAUGGAGAGUAUACAAAGAUUUUUAAAGCGGUUUGCGAAUAUCAACGCAAUGAUAGGAAAUCGACAAGAUCAGUAUGCUUUAAUGACAUUAGCCGAAAAUGCAACAUGGUGGUUUGGUUUCGAUACAGACAUCCAAAAAUUAAGCAAAGAAAUCAGCUUUCUGGACAGUGAAGUACAGGAAUACAAUUCAACAUUUGAUAUCAAAUCGAUUUUUAGAGAAAUUGAAAAAAAUGCAGACGUGCGUGAUGAUGCGUAUUUCUAUCAUGUUAUUGUCAUUUAUGCAAGGACAGAUGUUAUGCCUUAUUUGGAACAAAGAGACCAGAUUGCACAUAUUCGGGAUUUACCGAAUUUUGUGAUGGAUCUGUUGUUUUUGCAUGAUGCAUCAGAUAAAGUGCAGGAUGUUUAUGACUUUUGGGACCAUCUAGAUAGUGAGGUACAUCAAGGGUGGUAUUAUGAAUCAGGACCCGUUACAGGGAAAGAUAUGCUGACAAGAGCUUUAGCAGAAUUGAUAGCACAUCCAUUACAAAGAGGAAAUCAAGAAUUUAUAAGCAGAUAA